GCUCCGUCGGGCAAUGCAUGACUUCAAGAGUCUUGACCACCUCGGCCCUCGUCUACCUCAUAGGCUGCCCGCUUGCCAUCACCCAGACUUGUGCGCGCACAGUCGUAUCGUACCUUGCUCUCGAGCUCAAAACUUUACAAGUCACGGUGAGCAAUAUACAAAAGUACGCAAUCCCAGGUUUACUCAAGUCACCCUCGUAUGGAGUGGAGUUUUUGCCACCGUCAUGUAUAUUCCUUCGGAACCCGCAGACGUUCUAGAAGACACCUGGAACCCCCUCCGUGACGAAGCUUUUUUGAGGUCGCAGCCAGGGUCGUGUGCUUCACCCGGUCCCCAUCCGUCCUCCUUUCAGCCAUGAUAGAGUUUCUCAUCGACCUAUACUUUCUGGUCUAGGAGUCAAUAGUCUCGGCUACGGCUUUGCUCGUCCACUCCGGGGAAACGGUAGAGCCCUUAGAUGGGAACGAGUGACGUCGAUCAGCCCAUCAGUGGAUUGGGAUUCGUCGACAGAGUACGGGAAGAGGGGCGUUCCGACGAGGAGUGGUGCAGUCACAGCAGGCAUUAGGCAGGAGGAGGAUGUAGCACGCAGGACGGUAGAAGGAGGAUGAUCGACGAGAAGGAAGCUCAGACCAACUCGCCCCAACUUUACUCCUCUCUGGCUACCCCUCCUCUGUCCACUUUCCACUUUCCACUUUCCACCUCUUUUUGCCUCUCGACCUUCCAUCCCUCUUCUUUUCUUUGCUGCUUCUCCCGUCUCAACCGUCUUAACCGUCUUCGUGGCUUCUAGCGAGCCCAUUCUUUGCACACCGUUCUUUUAUCUCCUUCACCCUCUAUAACCACCCCGCAGGACUACAGACCCUUCUCACUACCCUGCGACGGUCUCCAUCCGACACACACACACACUCUCUCUCUCUUCCCCCACCCCACCUCCUUUCUUCUCAUCCACUUUCACCGUGGCCGGAGUGGCGGCCUCUCCGGCCCCUACAGCCUUUACAGUCAUGGCACAGAACUCUUUUCCGGGGACUAACCCCUUUCUCGACACUAGCGCCAGAGAGAAAUCCCCUAGCAUUCAGAAGAUCUCGGAGGAGGAAGAAUUCGAGGUGACGUCACCAACCGAUGUGACAUUCAAACAAGCCAACACCGGUGGCUCAGCCAUCUUUGGAGGAAGUGCAUUUGCAGAGGGAGGCUCGGCACCCGGAGCCAGCCCCGGGGCUUCUCUGUUCGGCCGGAGUCCCUUUGACUCGGGGCCGCGAGGCGGGGCAGACGGUCCUGACGACGAGCAGCCCGCCGCCCUCCCAACGGGUACCGCCCAGCAUGGGUUCCCCAAUAACUAUGCGCUGGGUCGUCGAACUUCGGUAUCGGCAGAGUCAUUGAACCCCACGUCCGCGGGAUCGGAUAGUUGGACACCUCCCCACCACCCCAAGACCGAGGAUCAGCUGGCACGCCUCAAGACUGCGGUCAGCAACAACUUCUUGUUCUCUCACCUGGAUGACGACCAGUUCAAGACCGUGUUGGAUGCUCUGGUCGAGAAACCUAUCCCGGCGAAAGAUAUCAAGGUUAUCUCCCAGGGUGAUGCGGGUGAUUACUUCUAUAUUGUUGAGAAGGGCCACUUUGACGUUUACAUUCACCCUUCGGGCUCCGUGCAGCCUGGACCUGAUGGCCUGGGCAACAAGGUGGCUUCCACCGGGCCCGGGGGUUCUUUUGGUGAAUUGGCCCUGAUGUACAAUGCCCCGCGUGCCGCGACGGUGAUUUCUACCGAUGCAAAGAGCACCCUGUGGGCUCUGGACCGGAUCACCUUCCGACGCAUUCUCAUGGACUCGGCCUUCCAGCGGCGCCGUAUGUACGAGGCGUUCUUAGAGGAAGUUCCCCUUCUUUCCUCCCUCAAGCCCUACGAACGUUCCAAGAUUGCCGAUGCUCUGGAGCCCAUCAAGUACCCAGCCGACGCUACCAUCAUCACCGAAGGUGACCCUGGCGAUGCAUUCUAUCUCCUGGAAUCCGGCGAAGCCGAAGCCUUUAAGAAUGGCGUCUCGGUGAAGAACUACUCCCGCGGUGAUUACUUUGGUGAAUUGGCCCUGCUCGAUGAUAAACCUCGGGCAGCUAGUGUCAUCGCCAAAACUGAUGUCAAGGUUGCACGGUUGGGUCGGGAUGGAUUCAAGCGACUGCUGGGUCCCGUGGAGAAUAUUAUGCGUCGGACAGAUUACCAGGUGGAUGCAGCCAAGUCUCCCGUGUCUCAAUAAAUGUGAUAUGAUACGACGAAAGCGAAUGGACUUUGCGAAGACAAAAUGAAGGAACCAGGUGUACGUGGCCCAAAGAGGCAUCUCUCUGUCCACACUGUGACAUUCUCAUUCUUGUUUGAUUCCAAUGUUGGACCGUUCACCACCUUUGCGUGCUCCUCCCAUCCAUUUAUUAAUUCCAAUAUUUAUGUUACAAUGACUCUCUCUCCUUUGUCCACCCUCGGAUUCCCGCGAGACCGGAAACCCCCCAACUUGAUCAGACUACGUUCGUUUUGAUGACAUUACACUUCCUGUAUCUACAAAUCCCGUUUCUGUUACGCUUGCCUUUUUGGCUUGGUCUGCUUUCUGGCUGACCAGGUAUAUCAUCGUGUCACACUAUCUUACCUCGCUGGCUUUGCUUUUUGAAUUAUCCGAAUCAGUCCUGCUGUGUAUACGCAGAGCUGCGCAAAUUGAACUAGAAUUUCAUUACGCUUACUCUGGUCAUUGAAGCUGCGAUAGAGC